GAUGAACCUAGAGCCGAUCCUAGAGGGCAUUGAGGAGGAGAUGUACGAUGGCGUGGCUGUCUCUUUAAUCUGUUGAUUAUGCUUUAUUUAAUUAACUUUAAUGCUUAUUACGUUUUCGGGCAAGAUCCCAAGUUGUUUGACUUUAAAAAGGCUUCCACAUUAUUUUAAAUUACUCCGAUGGAUUUUUAUAUGUAUUGAUAGAACGUUUGUUUAAAAUUGUUUUGAAAAUGUUGUAUAUUCGGAUACCAAUCCAGUGGCACACCGGUCCGCUAUCUCACGGGUUUGGGUUACGCGGGUUGGGGUGUUACAUGGAUGGGUUCCACAAAAAGGUGUCGGCAAAAUUGAGCUUGAUCAGCAAACGCCGAGCCGGGGCUGAGUUUUCCUCGGGGGUGGACUUCUUGGCCUCGGUGGAGACGGAGCUGUCUCGCCUUAGGAAAUUGGCGGCUGCCGAGCAUGAACAGGCCACCGAGAUCGAGAUGCAAGCUAAGGCGAAGUCCGAGGAAGUGAGGUCUCUAGAAGCUGCGCGAGAUCGGGCCCUUGCUGAGAAGGAGCAAGCUGUUGCCGAGAAAGAGCGUGCUGUCUCCGACUUCCUUCAGUCCCCGGCCUUCAAAGAGGCAUGCCUGGAGAAAUUCGCUGAGUAUUACGAGAGCUGGCUUGGGACCGAGGCUGGCAUAAAGAAGAUGGGGGAGGAGGGGACGAAGUGGCUCGAGACCGACGUUUAUCAUGGGAUCCAGCUUGUUCUUCGCCGGACUAGAAGAGUGGACCCGUCCUUCCCUCCGCCCGGGGUUGACAUCCCAGACAUGCAUGACCCUAGCCCGAAUGCCGAGCUUGGGGAGAAUCCGGAUUACCUUAGGACGCCCGAGCGCGAGGACACAGCUCAGGACGGCGCCGGCGAAGAGCAAACCUCGAACGCCCUUCCUUAAUGCUUCUCCUUUGUAAUUUUUUGAAGUUUUGUCUUCCAAUGUAAUGAACAAUAUUUGUCUACUGUUUUGUUGCAUGCGUGAAUAGUGAAUAGAUUCUCAUGUGACAUAAUCUAUUUGAAUAUAUUUGAGUUGCGUCU